CGGCGUGACUCUCCACCCAGGGCGCCCCUUGGCUGCUGGCUCUGGCGAUCGCCACCCCUGCCCCUCUCGCCCUCUCCGCCACCAAGUACAUUGCCGCCAGGUGCGCCCUCUCCAGGUGUCCCUGGACGCGCCAGGCUGGGGCCAUCUCUGAGCGCCCCGUGGGGGCCAUGGAUAGUGAGACCGCAGAGGAGCAGGAGAGCCUUGCGCCCCCUCCAGGUGCACUCGGUGGACCUGGGUUGGGCGGGUCUCCAGCUCUUGGGGGACGGCGAGAGCCCAAGAAGUAUGCGGUGACCGAUGACUACCAGUUGUCCAAGCAGGUGCUGGGCCUGGGUGUGAACGGCAAGGUGCUGGAGUGCUUCCAUCGGCGCACUGGGCAGAAGUGUGCUUUGAAGCUCCUGUAUGACAGCCCCAAGGCCCGGCAGGAAGUGGAGCACCACUGGCAGGCCUCAGGUGGUCCCCACAUUGUGCGCAUCCUGGAUGUAUAUGAGAACAUGCAUCACAGCAAGCGCUGCCUCCUCAUCGUCAUGGAAUGCAUGGAAGGUGGUGAGUUGUUCAGCAGGAUUCAGGAGCGUGGUGACCAGGCCUUCACCGAGAGAGAGGCUGCAGAGAUAAUGCGAGACAUCGGUACUGCCAUCCAGUUCCUGCAUGGCCAGAAUAUUGCCCACCGAGAUGUCAAGCCUGAAAACCUGCUCUACACAUCUAAGGGAAAAGAUGCUGUGCUUAAGCUCACUGACUUCGGCUUUGCCAAGGAGACCACUCAAAAUGCCCUGCAGACCCCCUGCUACACUCCCUAUUAUGUGGCCCCUGAGGUCCUCGGUCCAGAGAAGUAUGACAAGUCAUGUGACAUGUGGUCCCUGGGCGUCAUCAUGUACAUCCUCUUGUGUGGCUUCCCACCCUUCUACUCCAACACGGGUCAGGCCAUCUCCCCAGGGAUGAAGAGGAGGAUCCGCAUGGGCCAGUAUGGCUUCCCCAAUCCUGAGUGGUCAGAGGUCUCUGAGGAUGCCAAGCAGCUGAUCCGCCUGCUGCUGAAGACUGACCCCACAGAGAGGCUAACCAUCACACAGUUCAUGAACCAUCCCUGGAUCAAUCAAUCGAUGGUGGUGCCACAGACCCCACUCCACACAGCCCGAGUACUGCAGGAGGACAAGGACCACUGGGAUGAAGUCAAGGAAGAGAUGACCAGUGCCCUGGCCACCAUGCGGGUGGACUACGACCAGGUGAAGAUCAAGGACCUGAAGACCUCUAACAACCGGCUCCUCAAUAAGCGGAGAAAAAAGCAGGCAGGCAGCUCCUCAGCCUCCCAGGGCUGCAACAACCAGUAGCUCCUGGGGCCUCUGAGGAGCCAGGCCUCUCAGCCUGGUGAUAGUCCAUGGUGUGCUGAGGCUCUGGCCAGGAGGGCCCAGGGUCAUUCUUUCAUCAAAAGAAUUAUUUUGUUGCUUUAAUUUGUUGCUUGGAACUUCCAGAUGGAGAAGCCUGACCCAAAACCUCCUUCAGAGUCCCAGUCCAGGCUCAGGCCCUAGAAAAGGGGUAGAGGCUAACUGGGGAACCUGCUGAUGCAGCUGAAGCACCUUUGGCCAGUGUGGCCUGAGUGGAGACACAGUUCUGUCUCACCUUGGAGCAUAGCCUUAGUCUUCUACGUCUCUGAGAGUUGUGGCUAGGCUUCCCUUCUUCUGUGGAGACAAUCCCCUGCAGGGUGGGCAGAUGGGCCCAGCCUUGAAAAAGACAUUCGACCAUUGGUUGCCAUGGUGACCAGGGACAAUGUUGCUGUCUGUCAAUGCUGAGUGAGUGAGGAAGGAUGGGGGAGAGGGAGGAGGGGCAAUCAAGGAUCCAUCUCUGCCUUCUUGAGGAGACUGGUCUCUCUUAUACUGGCUGCCCUUCUCAGACUCACCCUCUUUGGUCUUGCUGAGGUUGCAGAGUUCAGCCUGCCUGCCUCCCUGGGUGGUCUAGCCCUGCCUUUCUGCAGCCUUAGUCCAGAUGGUACUCAGAGUUCUCCCCCAAAGGAGUCCCUGGGCCUAGGCAUCCUCUCACUACCCCCUCCCCAAAGGGUAGUUUCUCAUCUCAAUUGAAGGUGGGGGGUACCUUUAACUCUUUUCCACUUUGGAAAAUGUCACUGUGACAAAAGCCCCUAUCCCCCACUUGCUCACCAGAUCUCAGGUAGGAAAGCCCCUCUCUGUGGAUGGUAGGGGCUGUACUUUUGUGAGAGGGGUGAUUGGCUCCUCAUUAACCAGAGGUCUCUUUCUGUACUCUAGGUCAGACCUGAGGUGGUGGAGGGCAGCUGAGCCAUGCUCAGAAGCUCUGGUCCUGGCUUCAGCCUAAGUUGGAGCAGAGAGGGCCCUUCCUGGCUGAUCCAGGCUUACCCAGCCCCACCCUGCCUAGGUACAAGGCCUGACAAGUGCCUGACACCAGCCUAGUUAUGGGUUCCUGGCCUCUCUCACUGACUGGGAAACCCUAGACCUUGUCAGCUAGAAUGAUGCUGCCUGUUUUAUAUACAGUUAUUAAUAAACACCUUUUUUGACAUUUUACCCUGAUUCUUAGGCUUCUCUUUGUCUAUGUGUGUGGAUAAAAGUGACUAAAGGGCAGCUGCUCACUCACACUAGUGAUUUAACUCUGGCUGGAGAGAGUACCUCCGGCCUGGUAAACAUACCAGACUGAUUCCAGAGCCACUGUGGCCUCACUCAGUGUGGAAAGGUCAGAGGGACUGAGGGAUGGCAGCUGCCACAUGCCCCCAGCUCUG